UCACUCCAAACACGGAUCGAUAUCAUGUAACAUUGAAAGAGAAGAAAUUCACCAUCAAAGCCGUCGUCAUAGCAACGGCCCAGCCGGAUUCCACCAAUCAAUGAGGCAGAGAGAUGCUCAGCGUCCUACAUAAAGACUGGGACAGGGAGACAGGGCAUUGCAUACCCAACCGCAAAGUAGAUCGAAGUGAAAAAGGCAAUACAGGACGAAACAUGGUGAAAUUGUUUGGAAGGAGCGUGAUCUGUCUGACGGACCUCUGUGUUGUGUUUUCUUUUCUGAUGGUGUCAGCGAAUGGAGCUGCAUCGAAGCAGGAGGCGGUUCUGGAGAUCACCUCUGCAACCAUCAACCAUUCAAUGGCGCUGGUGCAGCGCAUGGAGGCCCUGCUGACCCACGGGAACGGCAGUGACGUCACUUUACGUGUUCAAACGAUAGACGAGGUGAAAGUCAUCCAGGUCCACUUGCUGUUGUUGACCCUCCAGAGCGACGUGUUUGAAGAGCUGCUUCAGACACGUAACUCAAGUGCUCUGGUGCUCAGAGAGUCCGCUGAGUGUGCAAAUGUCUUUGACAAGUUCAUCAGGUAUUUAUACACUGGCGACAUCACAGUGCGUCUGAACCAGGCCAUCGCUUUACACAAGCUUGCAAGCAAGUACCACGUAUGGGACCUUCAACAGGGUCUCACCCAAUACAUGACCCAACAUCUAUCAAGUGAUUCCCCUUCUGGUCAUGUGGUUGGCUGGUACCAGUACGCCAUGCAGAUCGGCGAUGUGACUCUACAAAACAGCUGUCUGCAGUACCUCUCCUGGAAUCUUUCAUCCGUUCUGCAAAGUGCAGAGUGGAGUUCUGUCGGAGAAGAACUAUUGCUGAGUUUGCUGCAGCGUUCAGAUCUGGUCCUUCAGAGCGAACUGGAGCUUUAUGAAGCUUUGGAGACCUGGAUCAACCAGAACCAGCCUUCAACUGCAACGGCCGAGAACGCUCUCAAAGCGAUACGUUAUGCAAUGAUAUCGCCCCAGCAUUUGUUCCACAUUCAGAAGAAGUCGUCGCUGAUGGUGAAGUAUUACGAAUCGGUGCGCAACAUGCUCUUCCUGGCCUUCCAGUUCCACGCAGCCUCACCUGUGCAGCUGGCGAAGUACUUCGACGUCAACUGCAGCCUCUUUACACCACGUAACUACCUGUCAUCCGCAUGGGGCUCCCCGUGGGUGAUCAACAACCCUACGCGAGAUGACCGUAGCUUCAGUUUUCAGACUCAGCUCGGACCAAGCGGCCAUGACGGCAACAAACGCGUCACGUGGAACGCACUCUUCUCACCACGAUGGCUUCCACUGAGUGUGAGAUCGACUUACCCCGAGAGGUCCAUGCAGCCCACUCGUACUGACGGGGGACGUCCACGCAUCAUCGUCACACCCGCUACAUCGAGUCCGGACUUUGCCGGCGUUAGCUUUCAGAAGACGGUCAUCGUGUCGGCCCGGAAGCAGGGGAAGGUGGUCGUCCGUCACGUCUACAACUUCCACCAGAGCACAGAGGAGGUGGGCGACUUUCUGUUAGAUGCCGACCUGCAGCGGAGAACGUCAGAGUACCUCAUAGACAGCUCGCUGUACUUGCAUAUUAUAGUAAAGCCGCUCUACCACAGCCUGAUAGUAGCUAAAAAAUGAGUCUGGUUUUACUUAAGGUGAAUCCUGAUGGCCCCACACCAGGAGUUUCAGACCUCCUGCUUUCAAUCACAUGAUUUGAAGUCUCCUUUGAAUCACUCUGUAACAAAUGGUUUUGCAUGAUAUUUUUUUUUAGUGAAGUGUUUUCUUUAGUUGGUUCUAUAAGAAAUCUUUGCUGAUGUAUUAAGGUCAAGUGUAUGAAAUUUAGUGGCAGCUUGUGGUGAGGUUGCGUAUGGCAACCAACUGCAACCAAUCACUCUACACAUUCCCCACCUUUUGAAGCAUUACGGUGGCUGACACAGGACUAAGACGCAUCAAGUUUUCGCUUCUUUGCUGAAAAAGAAAACUUAUUCACGAAACACUCUCUGUAGAGCAGUUUGUCCGUUUAGGGCUACUUUAGAAACAACAUGAAAUCCAUGUAAGGGUACCCGCCGUGUAAGUAGAUAGAAAUAGCUUGUUCUAAGGUAAUAAAAACGCUUCAUAAUGUAAGACAUUACACAUCUGAAGACAUACAGUUUUUUGUAUAUUAUAUUGCAUUUCUGUCAAUAGGUCCUCCAAAAAAUUACACACUGGACCUAUAAUGUCAGUUUAAUUCAAUGUUGUUGAGUUUUGUAUUGCUGUGACUCAAAAUGAUUUCAAUGAUUAUAAAUAAAUAAAACAUUUUUA